UCAGCAAUGCACACUAAACACACGGCCGUUGACUGUGUCGCCGCCCGUACGCGAAACAUGUCGCACGCGCGCAAAUGUAUCGAUACAACAUAAUAUAUCGUAAUACAUAAACAAAACCGAUCAAUUAAAACCGUUCUACCAUAUAAUAACAGUGCCAUUUUGGAUUUUUACACCAAUAAAGUAAGCAAGCAACAGUGAAAAUGUCCAAUAGUUACAAUAUGAAGGAGUUUAGCUCGACGGCCAUCAUAACAGAAAAUGGAAUCUAUCCAUCAACGAUAUCCAUUAGCACAAUAAACACCAAAUGCAAAGAGAAUGAUCUUGAAAUGAAUAAUUAUGAUCCCUUUCAAAAUAGAAAACUGGAACAUCCCAACUCAGAUAUGAGAUCGUUUGCAAAUCUUCUGAAGUCGUCCCUAGGUUCUGGUAUUCUGGCGAUGCCGGCAGCCUUUAAGAACGCUGGCACGAUAGUAGGCAUCGUUGGAACUAUCAUACUCGGAUACAUCUGCACACAUUGCGUAUAUUUAUUAGUUAAAACUUCACAAGAUGUAUCGAGAGUAACAAGGGUACCAUCACUAGGCUACGCUGAGACCGUUGAAGCAGUAUUUGCAACUGGACCCCAACCUUUACGAAAAGUAUCACGAGCUUCUAGGAUAUUUAUAGACUGGGCGAUGGCUUUCACCAUUCUUGGCGCCUGUGCAGUCUAUGUCAUCUUACUCGUGGAAUCCGUUAAACAGAUCGUGGACUUUUAUUACGUGGACAAUGGUAUCAGCACGACGAUGUACUGCCUAAUGUUCUUAGUACCGAUACUUCUAUUCACGCAAAUUAAGAACUUGAAAUACCUGGCUCCCUUCUCUGGAUUUGCAAACGUGUUACUGGUUCUCACAUUCCUCAUAUGCCUCUACUAUAUCUGCUCGGACUUCCAGCCUAUUGACUCGAAGCCGAUGUCAGUCGAUAUUGGAAAACUACCUCUAUUUAUCGGUACAGUUAUAUUUGCUAUGGAAGGUAUCGGCGUUGUCCUACCAGUUGAGAACACGAUGGCUAAGCCGAACCACUUCCUCGGAUGUCCUGGAGUGCUGAACAUCACCAUGUCAGUGGUCGUGCUGUUGUACAUGAUCAUGGGAUUCCUAGGCUACGUGCGCUAUGGAGAUGCAGCCAAAGGAAGUAUUACUCUCAAUCUGGACACAUCUGAAAUUCCUGCAUUAACAGCCAAAGUUUUCAUCGUGUUUGCGAUUUUCUUCACGUACACGCUACAGUUCUAUGUGCCCAUGGAAAUAGUAUGGCGAAAUACAAAAGAACAUGUAACGCAGAAGUACCACAAUCUUGCUCAAGGCAUUAUCAGAGCGGUUUUCGCUACCCUAACAGUGGCAGCAGCGGCUACAUUACCUCGCUUGGAACAAGUAAUUGGUCUAGAAGGAGCAUUCUUCUAUUCUUUCUUGGGUCUCAUUGCGCCGUCAAUCCUUGACGUUAUUUUUAAUUGGGAGAGAGGCCUCGGCAAAUACAACUGGAUUCUCGUCAAAGAUAUUAUAUUAAUAGUUUUUGGGACCUUUGUACUUGUCGCAGGUGUUACUCAAAGUCUUAGGGAAAUUAUCGGGUCAAAGUAAAUUGUGUCGAUAAAAACGUGAUAAAGUGUAUUAUACUUUAAAUGUUUAUGUAAAUAUAGAUAGGCGAUUUAUUUUUUUAAAGAAAGUUUAAUGUAUGUACUUAAUUCUAACAAGUAAUUAUUAAGAUAUUUUUAUUCUAAAAUGUGUUAUGGCGUUUUACGUAAUGUGAAAUCAACCAGACAUGAAUGUAUAAUAAGUUAAUACAGUAUUUUUUUAACAA